AACCCCACCUUGUGCCUGAAAGCACUGACCAAACGCUCCUGGAGCUCUUUGGGCCGUGCCCGUUCCCUGAGGAGCCUGUUCAGUGUCCAGCAAACCUCUGGGGGAAGAACCUUUUUCUGAUACCCACCCAAAUCUCCCCUGGCACAGCUCCAGCUGUUCGCUCGGGUCCUGUCCAUGGCCACAGGCAGCAGAGAUGGGAGCUGGAGAUUCCCAAGGUCUCCCCUCAGUUUCCUGUGGGCUGAACAAACCCAGAUGCCCAUAGCUGCUCUUUGUGUGGCCUGUCCAGACCCCUCCUCAUCCUCGUGUCCUUCCUUUGGUUACUGUCCCAUGAUUUAAUGUCUUUUUCCUGUUGCAGUGCCCAAAACUGCCCCCAGCAUCAGGGGUGAGGUUGCCCCAGCCUGGAGCAGAGCGAGUCAGUCCCCUCUCAAUCCCUGCCUGGUGCCCCCCAGGACAUGGAUGUCCCUCCUGGCUACCAGGGCACUGCUGGCUCAGACCCUGCUGGCCACUGACCAGCAGCCCCUGCAGCUGCUCUGCAGCACCUCAUUUCCCAUCUGUCUGUACAUCCAAGGCUGCCCCAUUGCAGGUGCAGGAAUGCUGGACUGAAGGCACUGGGAUGGGCUGGGAAUGCUGGACUGGGAGUGCUGGGCUGAACUGGGGGCACUGGGCUGGGACCCUCCCGUGAUUUCAGGGGACUUUGGAGAGCCCUUGGAACUGGGGAGGGAACAUCCCUGCUUUUGCUGAGGUCAAAGGGUGGGUGGAGGGGAUACUCAGUCCCUUCCCUGUCCCAUCCCACUCUCAUCCUGUCUGACGGUGCCCUCCCUGCUGAGCCCGGACCAACUCCUGCUCCCCCAGGGCCGAGCCUUGGGCUGGGGCAGUGCUGUAUGAGGUGCAGCAGAGGGAUUUCAGAGCAGGGCUUGGGUUGUCCAGUGGCAUUUGAGCAUUGGGAAGGAGAAAGAAUCUGGAGUGGGAGGAGGCUCCUUCUGUGCCUCAGUUUCCCCUGUGACCCAGGGGGGCCCUACCUGGGCGGUGCCGUCUGUGGCCACAGCUGGAGCUGCACAGUCACUGUUUGUCUGUUUUUCUCCUCAUUCCUUGGGUUUUUUUCCCCAAAAAUUCCAGCCCAUCCCACAGCUGCUGGCAGCACAAGUUUCUCUCUGUCCUAAAUAGCAGAGUCUGAUUUUUUUUUUUUUUUUUUUCCCGAGCCCACUCAAAAGCUCAUUCCGGGAGGUGGCAGUGUCACCCGGAGGACGUGGCAACCCGAAAUCCACCUAAAUCCACACAAAAUCCGCCCAAACCAAACCCGACCCAGACCCCAGCGGGGACCCCCAGGACCCCUUAUUCCAACCCCGCUCCUGACGAUCCCCACAGGGAAGAUCCAGGUGUUACUGCCACCUCUGUGUGGUUCAGUCCUUGGGGACACUUUUCCCACCCAUUUUUCCAGAAAAAUCCCCUUCCAGCACCCCCCAAGUGCCGGCACUUCCCCACAAAAUCCUGUACCCACCUCCUCCCUUCUUCCCGCUCCCCUUUUUCCUGUUUGUGCCACUUCGCCUGUUUUUUUUCCCAAACUCUUUGGCCCCCCCCACCCCAAACCACAUUUAUUUUUAGCAGCCAAUUGAAGAUGAAGGAGGAGGGAAAAUAUAGUGAAAAAAGAGGAAAGAAAAAGGGAAAAACCCCGGGAUUUUGUCCCAGCUGGAGCCAGAGUCACCUUUGAGCUGCAGCACGGCAAUGUGGGGUGUGGGGAGCCGGGGGAUGCUCCUGGCGCUGUUCCUGCUCCCAGGGCUCUCUGAGGGAUUCAACAUCGACGUGAGGCAUUUGCAGGUCUUCCAGGGGCCCCCCGAGUCCCAGUUUGGGUACCGGCUGCUGCAGUGGGGGGGCGAUGGGGACAAGUGGCUGCUGGUGGGGGCCCCAUGGGAUGGCAAUGGUCAAGGUGACAUCUACAAGUGCAGCAUGGGACCCCAAAACUCUUCCUGUGCCAAGGCCAACCUCGGGGCUGUGGCUCCGUGGCUCCGCAGCAGCGCUGGACACCUCGGGAUGACGCUGGUGGACUCCAAGGAUGGUGGAUUUGUGGUGUGUGCCCCACUUUGGUCCCAGGAAUGUGGCACCUCUGUGUUCAGCUCUGGCCGAUGUGUCCAGCUCAACGAGGAGCUCCAGCUCGUGGGGACCAUUGCACCCACAGCACAGCGCUGUUCUACCUACAUGGACAUCAUCCUGGUUCUGGACGGCUCCAACAGCAUCUAUCCCUGGGAGGAGGUGCAGGCGUUCCUUGGGAACAUCCUGGGACGCUUCUUCAUUGGUCCUGGGCAGACCCAGGUGGGGGUGCUGCAGUAUGGGGAGCGGCUGGUGCAGGAGUGGGCGCUGGGAGAGCACGCGACAUCCCAGCGCCUGCUGGAGGCUGCCCAGAACCUGACACGUCAGGAGGGGAGGGAGACGCGGACAGCCAUGGCCAUCCGGCAGGCAUGCACAGAGUCCUUCAGCCUGGCACAAGGCGGGCGCCCCGGGGCCACGCGGCUGCUGCUGGUGGUGACAGAUGGGGAGUCCCACGAUGGGGAUGAGCUGCCGGCAGCGCUGGCGGAGUGCGACCGGCACAACGUGACCCGCUAUGCCAUCGCGGUCCUGGGGCACUACCUGCGUCGGCAGCAGGAUCCCGAGGAUUUCAUCCGGGAGAUCAAGUCCAUCGCUAGUGACCCUGAUGAGAAGUAUUUCUUCAAUGUCACAGAUGAGGCUGCCCUCAAUGACAUUGUGGACGCUCUGGGAGAUCGGAUCUUCAGCCUGGAAGGCACCCAUGGGAACAACGAGAGUGCCUUUGAGCUGGAGAUGUCCCAGAUCGGCCUUUCUGUCCACCGCCUCGAGGACGGGGUCCUCUUUGGAAUGGUCGGAGCCUAUGACUGGGAGGGGGGUGUGCUGGAGGACAGCCAGCGUGGGAGCAUUGUUCCACCCCGGGAAGCAUUUCAGGAGGAAUUUCCACUGGAGCUGAAGAACCAUGCAGCCUACCUGGGGUACUCCGUGUCCUCGCUGCAGCUCCCAAGGGGGCAGCGCUUGUUGGUGGCUGGUGCCCCCCGGUUCCAGCACAAGGGUAAGGUUGUCCUCUUCCAGCUGGACCCCGCGGGGACCGUGACGGUGGCCCAGGUGCUAAUGGGGGAGCAGAUCGGCUCCUACUUCGGCAGCGAGGUCUUGGCCCUGGACCUGGAGGGAGAUGGGGACAGUGACCUGCUGCUGGUGGCUGCGCCCACCUACCUGGGGGGCCAGAGCAGAGAGACGGGGAGGGUCUAUGUAUACAGUGUGGGGCAGGACCACCUGAGUCCCGCAGGGUCGCUGCACCCUGAUCCAAGGCCGCAGGAUUCAAGAUUUGGCUCUGCCCUGGGCGCGGUGCCGAACCUGAGCCAGGAUGGGCUGGCUGGAGUCGUGGUGGGAGCUCCGCUGGAGGAUGGGCACCGCGGGGCUCUCUACGUGUUCCACGUUGCCCCGGGCACCCUCCUGCCCCAGUACAAGCAGCGCAUCGAGGCGGCGGUGCUGGGGUGGAGCCUCCGGUAUUUCGGGAUCAGCGUGGACGGACGGGUGGACAUGGAUGGGGACGGACUGGUGGAUGUGGCCGUGGGGGCGCAGGGGGCGGCUGUUGUGCUGCGGUCCCGCUGGAUUGUCCAAGUGUCUGCAUGGGUGUCCGUGGAGCCAGCAGCUGUCAGUGUCACACGACGGAACUGCCAGCGCAGCGGCUCUGGUGCUGUCUGCCUCCGGGCCCGCAUCUGCUUCCAUGCCGAGACUCGCACACAGAGCCCCGUGGACAUGGAUAUUGAUCUCCGGUACAAUGUAUCCCUGGAGGAGCGGGUCCCAGGAGCCCGUGCUGCCUUUGACUCAGGUGCCCGCCGCCUGCUCCAGCGCCGAGCUGAGUUCCCACUGGGAAGGCAGAGCUGCAUCCGCAUUCCCUUCCACGUCCUGGACACCUCAGAUUACCUGCGGCCCCUCAGCCUCAGCCUCACCUGGGCCCUGGAUGCAGCUGCGAGGUCGGUGCUGGAUGAGUCAUCUCCCACCACUAUCCACAAACUGAUCCCGUUUUUCAAGGAUUGCGGGGAUGACGAUGAGUGUGUCACCGAUCUGGUGCUCAAGGCCACCACAGACCUUGUGGGCUCCAGACAGAGCCCCCACAUCCUGCGGAAGGGCCGGAGGCGGAUGCUGGUGGAGGUGGAGCUGGAGAACCAGGAGGAGAAUGCCUACAAUGCCAGCCUGUGGCUGCACCUGCCUGGGAACCUCCAUUUCUCCAGCCUUGUGCUCCAGGAUACCAGCACGGUGAAGUUGGAGUGCUCAGCACUGGGGGGGCACCGCCGACGCUGCAGUGUUGGGUACCCCGUCUUCCGCUCGCAGGCCAAGGUGUCCUUCACCCUGGAGCUGGAGUUCAGCUGCUUCAUCCUUCUGGACCAUGCUGAAGUGACGCUCCAGGCCACCAGUGACAGCACCGAGGCGACACCACAGGACAAUGUAGUCAAGCUUUCUGUCCCCAUCCGCUACGAGCCCAACCUGUUCCUGUCCAGUAACACCAACCUGCACCGCUAUGAGGUUCAUCCCUUUGGCACCUCCAUCCACAGCUCUGGCCCCGAAUUCACCACCACGGUCAAGGUACAGAAUUUGGGGUGCUACCCCAUCCAGAAUGUCACCCUGCACAUGGCCCUGCCAGCACUAGGCCACCAACAGGCUACCAUCCUGUUUGUCACCCAUGUCCUGGCUGAAAAUGCCACCUGUGUGCUGCAACUCCCCGAUGAGGGGACACAGGUGGUCCCAGUUCCCCCUGAGGACCUGCAGCACAUGGACAAACUGGACUGUUCCAACACCUGGUGCCAGGAGCUGAGCUGCCGCUUGGAGAGGCUGGAACGUGGUGGAGGAGCCUCCAUCCAGCUCCUGCGCACCCUCCAUGACAGCUUCUUCAGCGGAGUGAAAUUCCGGAGCUUGAGGAUAGUCAGCAGUGUCUGGCUGAGGGUCACAGGGGGCGUGUUGGUGCUGGAGGAGGGGGCGCAGCGCAGGGAGCUGGUGCUGGAAGUGCUCCAGGGAAGGCAGGUGCCCGUGUCCCUGUGGAUCCUGGGGGGCAGUGCCCUGGGGGGGCUCCUGCUCCUGGCGCUGCUCAGCCUUGGCCUCUGGAGGCUGGGAUUCUUCUCCCACCGGAAGCCCUCCCGGGAGGAGGAGGAUGAGGAGCACUGAGGUGGCAGCUCUGCCUCUGGAGGACAUCCCGGAACCUCCCUCCAGGGCCACAUUCCAGGGCCAUUCCAGGGCUUUCUAAGCCUGGGCUGGCAGAGGAAUGAGCCAGCGAUGCUGGAACCAGAGGAUCUGGGGGAACAGCAGGAAGUGGGAAAAGUGUGAAUGGGCUGGAAUGAAGCAGCUCCAGCAAUA